AUGUUCGUGGCGAAACUAAUUAUUCUCGCCAAUUUGAUUUUCGCCAGAUUUUCGCCAUUUAGUGUUUGGGAACGGGAUUUCACCGGCCUGGCGAAAAUGGUCAGGCCGGCGCCUUCACUUCCUUUUAGUCUUUGCCUCUUCGUGGAGGCUUUUCUUUCUGACAGCAUUGAGCGCCGAACCCCAGAGCCAGGAUUCAAAAGCUGGAUCGGAAGUUUGAACUGGGUGCUUGUGGAAGGCAGCAAGAGCAAACUUGUUGCAAAGGGUCCGGGCUAUCUCCCCCUCCAACUCUCAGCUGACAUGAUUCAUCCUGACCGGCUGACACCCUUUGGGAAGGUUGCUAUCUUCGUUGGCGGGUGUGUGGUAGUCGCCCUUACCACCCUCGACAUCCAUCGCUCGAUCCGUUACAAUGAGCAGCCACCCUCCAAAGAGCAGAUGGCCGCAUUUGAGCAGCGCAUUCACGACGUACGGCAGAAUGAAGCGCUGAGGGGGUUGUCGGGACUGCCAGGCCUUGGAGACAGCGAGCCAUCAAAUAAGAGAUAA